AUGGCUGAUCGUUUGGUUGAACUCAUUCUCAACAUUACUUUAUGGACAGCUCAAGGCAUAUGUGUCUUUUAUGAAGCCAAACAAAGAGCCAAAUCACAACAAGAGUCAUCAAGUCGUGAUCGAUCUAAAAGAUCAUUGUCCCAAUUAUCAUCGAUUAGUGCAUAUCCACGAGCAGUACUCAUUGCAUCGAGUUCAAUUAGGUUUGGUAAUGAUUGUGAACGUCUUGUUAAUAUAGCAUUUCAAACGAGUCAAACUUUCCCUACAAUCAUGGGCACUUGUGCUGAUGUCAAUCAAUACUUAGGCAAAGAGCUUAGAAAACAAUAUCCUGAUGAAUGUUUUCAUAUUAUUAUUGGUGAAAAUCAUGAAUUUGGUUUUUCUGUUGAUGAUGGUCAAUAUUUCGCAGAAAUUGAACAAAAUCGAUAUCGAGUAUUGAUAUUUGCAACUAAACGACAUUCACACAUAAAAUUAAACACAGAUGAUGCUAAUAGCCAAAUGACACUUAAAUGGCACUAG